CCCGCCGCCGGCCGGGCCGGGGCGGGAGGGCCCCGGGGAAGGCGCUGCCCUUCGCUCCGCGCGAGGGCCGGGCUUCCCCAGUUCAGACAAGUCCUUGCCCCGCUCCCGCGGCGGCGGCGGCGGGUUUGGUGCGACACCGUCCUGACAUGUUGUAACCGGUUUCCACACCCACCGCGCCUGAGAGCGACGGGAAGUACCUGCGAUGAGCCCUGCGCCGUCUUGACUCGCCGCCGCGAUCGCAGCAGCCGGGUCGAGCCGCCCCGCCGCUCCGGAGGCGAGACCCCACCGCGGGGCACCGGCGCAAUACAUUUCAUCAGCUCACGAAUGGAAGUUUAAGAGACUUUAUACAAAAUAUAUGUGAAAAUGGAAACUUCAUCUUUGCUAUCGUCCUUACAUGAUGAAUGCAGAUCAGACAACUAUAUUGAACCUCAUUACAAGGAGUGGUACCGAGUAGCUAUUGAUGCUCUAAUCGAAGGAGGUUUAGAAGCCUACAAAGAAUUCCUUUCCAAAGAGAGAUGCUCAGAGUUCCUAGCGGAUGAGGAAAUUGAUUAUAUUUUGAACAAUGUUCACAAACUUCCCCAAAACACAAUUUAUUCCUCUAACCAUGCCAUUGAUGACACCUCUUCCUCGGGAACCUACUGGCCCAUUGAAUCAGAUGUGGAGGCUCCAAAUCUUGACUUAGGUUGGCCCUACCUGAUGCCUGGAAUUUCUGGUGGCACGAAUAUCGAUCUCCUUUUUCAUCCACCACGAGCACAGCCUUACACCAUAAAGGAAACUAUUCGGAAAAUGAUACGGGAUGCAAGAAAGGUCAUUGCCAUCGUUAUGGAUAUGUUUACAGAUGUGGAUAUCUUUAGAGAAAUUGUGGAGGCAUCUGCUAGAGGGAUUGCAGUGUAUCUCCUGCUUGAUGAGUCAAACUUCAGUCAUUUUCUGAAAAUGACGGAGAAACAAGGCUGUCAAGUCCAGAGGCUCAGGAACAUGAGGGUGCGGACAGUAAAAGGACAAGAUUACUAUUCUAAAACAGGAGCAAAAUUCCAUGGAAAAAUGGAACAAAAAUUUAUUCUUGUUGACUGUAAGAAAGUCAUAUAUGGUUCUUACAGCUUUAUGUGGUCAUUUGAAAAAACCAACCUCAGUAUGGUUCAAGUUAUCACAGGACAGCUGGUUGAAUCCUUUGAUGAGGAGUUCAGGACACUGUACGCCCGUUCUUCAGUUCCUAGUUCAUUUGCCCCAGAAUUAGUGCGGGUAAACAGUCGCAGGACACUCUGGGAUAAUGAUACAUACCAACACUCAGUGUCUUCCUUGGCUUCAGUUUCUAGCCAAAGAAACCUUUUUGGUAGGCAAGACAAGGUUCAUAACAUAGAUCCUGUUUGUUGGAAAACGCGUGGAAGAUAUGCAGUAAAUGAAAUAGAUAAAUAUGGCUUGAGAAAUCAUGCCUAUAAUACACAGCCAUUUCAUCCAGGGUUUAAUAUGCAAAAUCCAAUCCAGCAGUAUCAACCUAGUGAAAAAAAUGAGCACUGGAAGAGACAUAGUUAUGCUGGGGAGAAGCCAGAAAGGACACCUUACCUGUUGCUCAACAGAGCUAUUAAUAGAGCCAACAAUCCAUCAAAUACUUGGAAAAUGCCAUCUGAUAGCCUUAGUAUUGUUUCUUCAUUACGAGGAGGGUAUGCAAAUAAUUACAAUAUGCCCCAGCAAAGUUUUGCUGAUCAGUUUUCACGACCAAAGGUAAAUCUUGCAGAAAGAAAUUCAAUUGUACGGAGGUCUUUCAAUGGGACAGAUAAUCAUAUCCGCCAUCUGCAGCAAAGGAUGCCAACACUCGAACAUACCACGAAAUCAUUCCUACGUAACUGGCGAAUUAAGACGUAUUUGAACGAUCAAUCAGAUUAUCCAGUAGAGUCUAAUGGGUCGGCAUUGGGUGACAGAUAUGAUAGCUAUGACACAGCUGAAAAUAUUAAAGCUCAUGCGCUAUAUUCUCAUUCUCGUUUACGAUCAUCAUUGGUGUUUCAGCCAACUUUACCUGAACAGCAGGAAGUAAGCAGCUGUGCAAGUUCUUCAAAUUCAACUAUAAUUGGGUCAGAGGGAAGUGCAACACCUAAAGGAACAUCUAAUCAUGCUCCAAGUGUAGUAAAUGGAACAGAUAAUGUUUCAGAAGAGCAUAGCACAAAUGUCACACUUAAACCAGAUGCACCAAAAAAACACAGAAUUCAUAUUGCAGACAACGCAAAACCUAGUGUAAAUUCAAAUCCAACGGGUGACUCAUCUCUCUACUUGUACACAACACUGUGUGCAGACAAACAUGCAGAAAAUUUGAAGAACCUUCAAAACGAAAAUAUGUUAAAAAGGAGAAGUUUUCCCAUGUUUAAUUCAAAGUCCAUAUUAGACCCUAGUGCCAACAAACAUACAUCCAGUUAUGUUUACAGCACAUUGACUAGGCAUAGACUUAAGCAGUCAAUUAAUCCAAAACUUCCAGAAGACACACUCAAGAGCUCUAAAAGUUUGCACAGCGUGACCAACCACUUACCACAGGAGGAAAAGAACCUCAAAGGAGAGCUAAAGAGCCCGACUGCUAGCAAGGCAAUCUCUAUGGCUGCUCUCACUGAAGCUAGCAAAGAGGAGUCUUGUAAGGAUUCCACAUCAAAGAAAGAAAGUAAGAAUUCCCCAAGUUUUCUAAAGAAAGGAUCCCAGAAAUUGCGUUCGCUUCUUAAUCUCACACCGGACAAGAAGGAAAACUUGUCAAAAAACAAAGGUCCUGCCUUUUACAGAAUAUGUAGUAGUUCUGACACGUUGGUUUCUGAAGAAGAGAAUCAAAAACCAAAGAUUUCUGAGAAUAAGACAGAUUCUUCCCCAAGGAGAAAGAGAAACACAUCAUCAAAUUCUCAAGGUAGCUUAAACAGAAGUAAAGAAGAUGUCACUGGGAGCCCAACAAAGUCUCCAAAGUCUCCAAAGUCACCAAAACCUCAAAAACCUCCAUCUGAUGAAAGCAAUAAAAAGUGUCCCCUCUUGUGCCCCCUUGAAAGUAAGUUCAUAGAAAUUGCAGGAGAUGCAUCUACCCCAAGAUUUAAUACGGAACAGAUUCAGUAUCAAGACGUAAAGGAAAACACCACAAAUACUACUCCUGAAAGUGUCCCUGUUUCUACUCUUCAAAGAGCAAGUUCAGUGACACCACAGCUGGCAAACUCAAAACGCCAAGAGGAGCUAAGACCUCGUUUGAGUGAAAGGCGUGUUUAUAGCCGCUUUGAGCCAUUCUGCAAGAUGGAAAAUGCUAGCCAACCUGCAGGAAAUGCACUCAACAGCAGUUCACAUCUCCCAGAUAUCAAAAGCAAGACCUUAGGGAAUAAUUACGGCAGGAGUAAUCACAUGGUCAGCUACAACUCAACUGCGUAUCAUCCAUUGCAGCCUAAUGAAAACAAGCUGAGAGGAUUUAUGCAAAAGUUUGGGAACUUCCUACACAAAAGCAAGUAAAACUUUUGUUGAUUAUGUUGAAAUACAGCAAGACUAACAAAGCUGGAUAUAAUCUUAACUGGAUAAGACUGACAGGCAACUUUUGUAGAGCUUUCUUGGGUUUCUUCUUGGGUCAAGGACAUUGGAAUGAAUGUACAUAUUUUUACAUAAUUAUUCUAGGAUUGUUAUACUUAAGUCUUUACAGAAAUUCUGUGUCCAGAAGAUAUCUCAAGGGUUGUUUAUAAUGUUUAUAUUGUAAGAUUAAUUUUAUACAUUUUCCUUGUGAAGAAAGUAUGUACUACCAUAUUGUAAUAUUAAGUGUGGGGGGAGAAAAUGAUGGAGUAUGUUUUUAAACUUCAAAUAAUAUUGUUUCCAAAGAUUUCCCCUUUAAAAAUAGGAUAGCACUAGGAAUAGUGGCUUGCAUUUUUUUCAGCAUUUAUGUACACGUUCGAAUGAUAAACCCAAAUGUUAAUGCAUUGCAUGAUACUUAUCUUUAAACUAAUUUUUGAAAACCUCUUUUAGGCUUCAUCAUGUUAAUAAUUUACCCCAUAGCAUCUAUUGAACUGUUUGAGCAGCAGAUGGAUCUAUCUUACUUUAUUGAAUUUUCCAUGUAAUAUGAUGUUUUUCUGAAGUAUUUGGCACAUAGAUCUUAAAGUGACCUUAAUCUGAGCUUUCAUAGACUUGUUUACAUGGUUAAACUAGCGUGAAUGUAGGAUGAGCAUUUAAAAAGCUACUUAUAAAAUAAGGUGCCUUGAAAAUAACUUACAGCUGUUUUAAAUUUCAGUGGGUUAUUUGCAUUUGUAUAACAUGCCAGUAUUCUCUAAUGUUUCUAAAAAUAGCUUUUUAUUACAUUUUUCCAUUUGGUGUUUCAAAAAAAAAUUGUCUGUGGACUUCCAUUUCUCAGGUAAGUUUUUGAGUUUCACAUGCAACAGUCUCUUUUAAAUGUUGCCAGAUAUAUUUGCAACUCUGACUUUAAUAGCCUAGGUUUUUUGUAAAUAAGGUUGCAAGUGCUGAGACUAGGCACGUGAGAAAGAUUGCAAACUCAACCCUGCAAUGCUGCCUUAUGUCAGGGCGAAUAUUGCAAGGUCAGGAGCAAUUAGGCAUCUAAAAAUGAGAUUCAUAAAAGUCACCACAUGAAACAAUGAGGCACAUCUCCUAAGCCAAAGAAAGUAUCAUUGAAGGGUGAUAGUAGCAAGUGUUUAACCUUAACAGAGACAUUUAGGAACCUAACUACAGUCUAAGGGACACAUUUUUGUUCAUCUGAGCCUCUCAGUCAUAAAAUAUUUCCUGAUAGUAAGUGUCUAUGCCAGGUUAGUGCUUACAAAAAACACAGGCAGGGUGUUUGGGCCAGCAGCACGGCAUCCACUUCUCAUCUGCAAUGUGCAGCCAGGACAUCCAGCUGGCUCACACCCUCCUGGAUGUGUUUUGUCUCUUAGGAGAAGGCCAUAAUCAUUUAGCUGCAAGAUGCUCUGCAACGGUUUUGUUCCAAAAUCAGAAACUUGGGAAUAUUCAUUGCUGAAAGCUUAUAAUCCUUACACAGGUCUCCAUGUCUCAGGAGCAUGUUUUAGGAGACCGCUUCACUCUGAGAUCUGGAAGGUCCUACAGCAUUCUAUGGAGAAGUCCCACCAGGAAGGAUUUGGCUUUAUUCUUUAGAAAGACACACCAAAAAGGCAUUUCAUUCACCAGCUCGAUUGAGUUCAUUUAUCUCUUCUACCUGCGGCCCUGGGAAGAGAUUUGGCAGAGAGAUCUACUCACCAAGAAUCUAGCUCCUGUCAACUCACCAUAGUUAGUGAUUUCAGUGAAGCAGUGGCAGCUUUUUGUUCAGUUUCUCAGCAACCUUAUUAGGUUGAUGCAUCAUAGCAAUUACUGUUUCACUCUGAGGAUGGUAUUUAUUUAUGAGAGUAGCAGUCUUGCAUCUCAAUUCACUGCUGAAUGUUUAGGUCCCCGUUUACCUGCGCCCAUGGAAGACACUUCACAAAUUUCUUCAUGAACACUGGUCACUUUGUGCACUCCUUGCUGAAAUGCCAUAGUCAGUAUUUUUCCCAAAUGAACAUUUAUACUGAAAUAUUCUGUCCCAACAGAGGUAGCGUUUUGAGAUCCAAGACAAGGAAUGUCUCCUUAGUGCUCCAGGCAUAUUUUCAAUAUAGGCAUAACAUAAUUCCACAGCUAUGCAGCCAAGGGCAAUGCAAUACUGUACUUUUGAUAACUCUUAAUAUUUUUAGCAGGGCAGACAGUAAUUCAGGAUGGUGCCUGAGUUAACAGUACAGCAAAGGAACUUAACCAAGAUGCAGGUGGUGCUAAAAAGGAUGUUGAUAGUUUUUAGGAGGAUCUUUAGUUUUCCCUUAUACUCUUUUGAUCUCUGAUAUAUACUUGUAGGCAGUACUAUAUUUGGAAAGGAAAUGAGAGAGGGAGAACAAGGGUCUUGAGGCAAGUUUUGAAGUGACAGUGCUUUCCAUUUUGUAGUAAACUUUGGGAAACAUAUUUUGAUACAGUUUGGAAAUAUUUUGCUAUAUUUUUCAAAGUACAUUGCUAAUUAAGGAAUCCUGAGAAGGCAGAUAUUUUAAUUUACCAAGUCAUCUAUGUUUGUAGAUAUUUACUGCUGUUUUGUACCUACACAGAAGAUGAAGAGCCUUUAGUGAAGAACCUGCUCAUAGACUUAAUAAUGCAAAAAAAACAAUCACAGUAGAACUAGCUUUUUUUUUUUUUUUUCAUUUUCAGAUCUCCCCUCAGGGAACCCUCAUAGGAAUGGUGCUACAUUAAGGCCUGAUCUAAGUUUAAUUGAAAUGAAUGCAAAAGACCCCCACGGACCUCAGUGGAAGUAGGAUCAGACACUUAAUGUACAGACACCACUGUUUUAGAAAUGUUAGAAUACCGAAUGCUGCUUGGGGAGCACGAGGCUCUGAUGCCAGGGGAACAGCAGCCCUAUGUCCUGGCUGCAGCUAGGGCUUUGAAAGUAGGGGAGUCCACUGGGGAGCUCCACAGGUGGUGCAAGUGCCAACUGUUAUUUUGUUCCUUGCAGAAUUGGGUGUUAAAGGUGGGAAAAAAAGGCUCAGCCAGUCCUAUCUGAUUUGCCAUGUGUCUGUGUGGGAACCUAGCCGUUUCACAAAAUUGAAAGGAAAAACAUGAAAAAAAAAAAAAGAUGCCUGCUCUUUGCAUCAGCAGAGAAAAGGGAUAUGCACAUUUUUGGACGGGAAAAUAGAGUUUAUAUUUUUGAACUUCCUUUUCCCAAAGCUUGUCUUGAUGUUUGUGCUUUUCUAAGGAGGUGCAUUUGGUUCAAUGUGUCCCUAAUGUGCUCAGCACAACACAAGUUUGUUACACCCCACACACACCCAGUGCACUCCCAGUUUUGUAAGGCUGUGAAGUAAUAGCUGUUGCAGUGCAUGACGGUCAUUUGGCCAAAUGGCUUGGGAGUUGUGAAACCCAUUAAAAAUGACGUGUCAUUUCCACAUUAAAUAAAACUCCAUUAGCAUCAUAAUAGAUCUAGGAGGGUGUCUGUGCGAAAGCUGAUCAGAGUUAUGCAAUGGUGAACGUGGCCCUCGGGAGCACCGUCGGCAGCGGAGGGCAGUGCAGCCGGGAGAUGCAGGCCUUUCAUACGGUGCCCAUUAAAUUCACAUUGUAAAUAAACCGCCCUUACAUACGGUCAUAAUACCCGGCGAAUAAAUUGCUUCAUUUCUUCAGCCUUGUAAUAAACAGUUUUUACUGCCUCCCAGAUUGCAAAAUGAUGGUUGUUCUCUUAUUAAUGAGCUUGCACUGCACUCUUUAUUCAUGCUAACAAACAUGAAUUAGAUGGAAAGAAAGGUUAAGAAAAAUUAAGAAAAAUUAAAUUUCCAGCUGUUUAAUACAAGAGGGUAGUAGUAUUUGUAACAAACCUUGAGAGAAACAAAAAUCUUAUCAGGCAAUAGAUGUUUGUGCAUUCAUAGAUGAAAAAUUACUAUUCAGAGAAAAAACUGUUUGAUCAUUUUUCAGCUUUUUGAAAUGUAUUAGGAAAUGUUGUGGUUUAUAAAAGAAGUCAUAAGAAAAGUAAUACCAAAAUCUGUUGCAAGACAAUGUAAAAAUAAAAUUUAAAAUGGCUCCACUAAGCUGUACUAUAAAUUUUUUUUUCAUUUGUAGCAUUACAUGGGAUAAGGCAUGCAACCAACAAGUAGCUUUGCAACUGUGUAAUUCAGAGAGAUCAGUACAGUUACUGAGGUACUUAUUGUAAUUUAUUCCCCUUAUCAAUAUUCUACUGCGCAGUACAGUACUUGGAGUUUUUAAAGUUUGUUUUCAUUUAAGUCAGGAGAGUCAGAGCAACACAAAGCUGCAGUAGUUCACAGGUAAUUAAGACAUGUUACGCCAGUUUUGUCUUCACUUGCGUGAGUGCAUAUCCCAUUAGCGCCCUGGUGACAAGAGAGGAGACUGCAAUGCUCAAAAGGCUGUCUUGUCAUUUCAUUCUUUAUUUCAUACAGGUGCUUACAUAUGUCUUGGUACCUUUCUGUAGGGUCUGAAAUUUAUCAUAAUUUUCAACUCAAAGCUAAGAGUUACAGUUAGGUCUCCAUUUUUCACAUUUUGAUGUGACGCCAAAGACAUGUUGCAUGUUCUGAGAACUGUUUUCUGUAUUGAGAAACAGGACGGAAGAAAACAUUUGCUCUUGAACAGCUCAGAACAGAGCUGCUUUGCUGUUAAGCAAAGCCAGUAGUAGGGAUUUCUACUUUAGUGAUGUUGACUAGUUAAGUUUUAAUCUCCUUAACCUCCUUCUUUAUUGGAAUGGUCACCUCCAGGUCAGUAUUUAAAAGCAAUUUUCAUAUAUGUAACACAUUAAAAAAUGGUCAAGUUCUAUUUCUGAAAAGCCAGGGGGAUAUAGGGUGCUAGAUUCCCAAAUCAAUCUUUGUAUGUAUUGAAAAUAUCUUUGUAUAUUUCUGGAAGAGAAUCUGAUUUACUAAAAAUUAGGGGAGAUCUCUUUAGAAGCUGCUGUGAAGACUAUGUGUCUUACUCCCACCAUGUGUUUCGCUAAAUAAUGAUUUUACGCAUAAGUGCGAAAGUUAAUUGGGAAAAAUAAUCACUUCUGAUAAGAGGCCCAUGAAACAUGUUUAUUUUGGUGUUGUUUCUCCCAUAUGUAAAUACAGCUGGGAGAAAAAUUUGCUUAUUUUCUCUCUGAAGCAGACAAAAUUUAUGACAGUUGAAGUAGAAAUAUUUUAAAGACUACACACCAGUGGCAAUAUUUUAUUGUGUUUGAGAAAUUAAUACAACUCAUUUAUUAGCAUUCAAACACAGGUCUCUUAUGUGUCUGUUGUACAUUGUUUGUUCUUGCCUCAUUUAGCAAUCAACAUGCUCAAAAUCCAGACUGAUUGUCUACAGCUUCCCAAGCCCUUGAAUAAUACUCUGAAGAACCAAUCCAACAAGGCAUUAAACACACACUUAGCUGUUUAAACUAGGCAGUCCAAGAUAAAGCAUAACACUAGGCAUAUGUGUGUGUUAGAUUUUGGUGUGAAAAAUCUCAGUGUAGUCCCAGCUGAUGUAUUUUGGAAGAGUGUUGAAUAUAUGGUUUCAUUCUUUUCUUUGGGCCAUGGCUGAUUUUGACCUAUGGCAGCACCACGACGACGUCAUGUCUGGCAUGUUUCUUCCAAAUAUCACAUAUGCUAGUGUUACAAUAUCAUUAUUCUGGUUUCAGGGUUUAGAUCAACCUUCCUUAGUGCAGAGUCUGUGGAUCCCUGGUGAUCCAUACGAUUUCAGAAGGUGACAUGGAAGUGAAUUCAGGUGACUGAAAAAAAUGCAACCAGACAAAACAAAAGCAUUUGCACAGAUUUCCGCAUACAGCAAAGGAAGCAAGUAAAAUCAGAAGAUAAAGUCGUAAGUGUACAUUCUUAAUGUACUUUUACCAGUUAAAAGCUGGUACACCAAUGCUGCAGGGAAAAAAACCCAAAAUUAUCAGGUGCUCUUUGACUGAAAAAAGCUGAGAAACACUGACCAAGAUGAUGCAAAACAAGCAUGAGGGGUGCUACAAGCACACAAGACCCAGAAUAGAUAUUGCUGGUUAAUUUCUGGGGGAAAAGAAAUAAGGAAUUCCAUCAAGUUGAUUUCAGUACUGAGAGAUGUAGAAGAUUAUGCUUGUUUCAUUUAAAAUUGUUACUUGACAUAUAAUCCUUAUUAUCAGAUGGAAUUCCUAGAUUACAUAGCAGCUAUGUUAUGGAUAUACUGUGUAUGUACAGACACAAACCGAAAACUGUCUUGAAAUAAUUUAUUACUUUUUUUUUUUUACCAAAUAAAAUGUUUCUUUUAAAGCCUA